AUGCGUUCUAUUGUCAUGGUCACCAUCCAGAGCCAUCUUAUGCAAUACGAAGGAUCUCAACACACUGAAGCAAGAUCUCAGCUCAGCUCUCGGCGAGGUUCGACAAGUUCAAACGGAUACUUGAAGCGGGCGUUCCUCUUCUUCGUCUCGGACUCACUAGUGAUCACAUCGAUUUCGGACAUGUGUAUAGUUCUCAAAUCCGUUUUUACUGUGUGCAGCCACGCAGAGGAGCUCGUCAUGAUAUGCCGGCAAGCCAAGCGCCCAGAAGCAGACAACAGCCCACAAGCCCACAGACAACGCGAGCUCUGUGGCAACCGAAAAAGAGGACGCUUCCAGAGGGAAGGAUUCUGUGCCAUGUGCAUCGACUUCUUCAAACCAUACGACAUCACUCAUUCGGCCAGUGUGCAGAAGUACCAGAGAUACAAGGCAGAAAACGGAUGGACCCAGCCCGUUCACCCAUCCAGAAUACCCCGCGACUAUCUUUUUCCAUACAAGGUCAUCGUGGUGCCCCGCUCAGUCCAUGUUCUCGGCAGUCAAGCCUGGGCGAAGCUACAGGUUGCCUCCCAAAAAUGGUACAAAGGGAUUCAUACACCGACGUCGGUGGACUUUCGUCGCUGCAUCGAUGGGUUUCACCUGGAUGAGAAUGUAGCCCGAAGAUCAGUACUCAGAAAGCCACCAAAGGCGCUGACACCUGAAGUUUGCAUGAAAGAACUCCCGCCCCUGCCAGAAGGUGAGGCCGACGGCUCUGUUCGCCCCUCACGGAUUCAGUGUUCAAGACGAGCUGAUGUGUCCGCUCGAUGA